GAAUAUCCUUGGAUCACGGAAGAAUCAUGUGCUAUACCUCAUUGUUUACUCACAACUUGAGUUAGUUGACCACUUUGAGUAUUCAAUAAUACACCUCAACUUGCCAACUCUUGUUCUUCAACACCAAUGAUUCACCAAGCAGCCAACUCUUGUUCUACCUGUUAAGCUUCAAGACAAUCUGUUCCCAUUUCUUUUCUGGUAUGUAUCAUUUAUCUCCACUAUAUUUUUCGAUUGUUGCCAUAUUGUCCUACUAGGUAGUUUGGUCAGCAUAAGAAAUUUUUCAAUGGGAAGAUCGUGUAUUCCAAAAUGCAAAACUGCAAGACUAAUGGGUUGGCUACAAAUUAUUUUGGGGAGUUUGGUAAUCUUAGUAAGUAUAUUGAGCCUAACUAGAUUCUACUAUGCUGGUUUUUUCUUACACAAUGAAGAAAUAUGCCAGCAUUUGUAUACUACUAUAAAGGAUGUAAACCAUGGUUUUGAUGCCAAAGCACUGUCGGAUAGAGUUGAACAAGUAUUGGAUAUGUUGGAAACUUUGCAGGGAAAGCUUGAGUUAAAAGAAAAAGAAAUGGAGAAAAACAAAGGAAUAGCCUUAGACAAGAAGUAUUUAGAGGAUGAAAUAGUUAGGCCUCUUCACAGUGCAAAUGUGGCUUUAAGACAGAUUAGGCUUCCGAAGAUUGAAGAGGGAGGGAACUUUACGGUAAAAGAGGAUCCUUUGAUUAAUUAUUUUGUGACCGAGGAGAUUAGAAAGUACAUAACUUCGAAGGAGAAUAGAAUUGGUAAGAUUAAUCUAUAUGGGUCGGACAAGGUUUAUAACACAAUUGGGCAUGCAUGUGUUUUGCACAAGAAAGAGCUGGAACGGUACAUGGACUAUGACAUUGGUUCAUAUUGUGAUGAUGAUUGGAAUUUAGCUCAAAAGCUUAUGCUUAAUGGGUGUGAUCCUUUGCCUAGAAGAAGGUGUUUGACAAGGGCUUCAAAAGUUUACUAUAAACCAUAUCCUAUCAACGAGUCGCUAUGGAGAAUACCAGACGAAAGAAAUGUGAGGUGGGGGAAUUACCAAUGUAGAAAUUUCGAGUGCUUAUCAAGCAAGAAUCCGAAGAGGGGCUAUUCGAAAUGUACAGGAUGUUUCGAAAUGGAAAAAGAGAAGGUGAAAUGGGUUUCUAAUACCUCACUUUCCACCGACUUUUUGAUCAGUGAUGUUUUGGCAAUCAAACCGGGAGAAAUAAGGAUAGGACUAGACUAUGGAAUUGGGACAGGUACAUUUGCGGCGAGAAUGAGGGAAAAGAAUGUAACAAUUGUGUCAACUGCUUUGAACCUUGGUGCUCCUUUCAAUGAGAUGAUAGCUCUAAGGGGUUUGGUUCCUUUAUAUGUGACAUUAAACCAAAGGCUUCCAUUCUUUGAUAACAUAAUGGAUUUGAUUCAUACAAGUGGGUUUAUGGAUGGUUGGAUUGAUUUUCUAUUGUUGGAUUUCAUAUUGUAUGAUUGGGAUAGAGUUUUAAGACCAGGAGGUUUACUAUGGAUUGACAAGUUCUUCUGUAAGAAAAAGGAUUUGGAUGAUUAUAUGUACAUGUUUCUUCAACUAAGGUACAGGAAACACAUGUGGGUUAUUUCUCCAAAGUCAAAAGAUGAAGUGUAUCUCUCAGCAUUGCUCCAAAAACCUCCCAGAGCUAUAUGAACAUAAUCAAUUUCCUUUGUCAAUUUACUUUCAGCUCAAUUAUUUCUUUCUUGUUUACUUUUGACAUAAUAUACUUUACUCUUUCUUUUUGUCUCUUUAAUUUCAAUUUCAAAAUCACGACUCAUUCACACCAUUUUUCAAGUCAAAACAUUAUAAAA